UCACUCGCUACCAUUUUGUCGUCUCUCGGUCUCUGUAUCAGACUCUAUCCGAUCUCUCUCUCGGCGACUCUCGAAGUCCAAUUCUAGGGUUUGUGUUUUGAAUACCUCAUCAAAACGAUGUCGUCAGGGAAGAAGAUAACGCUGAAGAGCUCGGACGGAGAGACCUUCGAGGUGGAGGAGGCGGUGGCGCUGGAGUCACAGACGAUCAAGCACAUGAUCGAGGACGAUUGCGCCGACAAUGGCAUCCCGCUCCCGAACGUCACGAGCAAGAUCCUCUCCAAGGUAAUCGAGUACUGCAAGAAGCACGUCGAGGCCCCCAAGCCCGCCGCUGCGGCCGAAGACCGCUCCGCGUCCCCCGAAGACGACCUCAAGGCCUGGGACGUCGAGUUCGUCAAGGUCGACCAAGCUACACUCUUCGAUCUCAUCCUGGCUGCAAAUUAUCUGAAUAUCAAGAGCUUGCUGGAUCUGACUUGCCAGACAGUGGCUGACAUGAUCAAGGGCAAAACUCCUGAAGAAAUUCGCAAGACAUUCAACAUUAAGAAUGACUUCACACCAGAGGAAGAGGAGGAGGUUCGCAGGGAGAAUCAAUGGGCCUUUGAGUGAAGAUCCAAAAUAAGCACAUCUGUUUUUUUGUGGCUUAUGUUUCUCUUUUGUGCGGUAGGAAAGGGGCUGCUGUUUCUACCAAUCUAAGACUUCUUUAAGUUGUUGACGUACUAUUCUGGUGUCACUGUUGUAACAAUGGUUGUUUUGCUUAGCUCCACUUCUUCCCUCUCCAUUUAUGUUCCGACGUUUGUUGUUCAAUGGAUCUCUUUUACUAUGUUAAUAUGGUAUAUGCUGUUUUUCUUCAA